AUGGCUACGCUUUCCGUGCCGUCCCCUGACAUUUCCCCGGCCUCAUUGGGCAACAGCGUUCACAGACCACUCUCCACACAUGGCCUGCCAAAGCCGCCGCGGACCAUGUCACCGGAACGACCACACCGUUUUUCAGCAAAGAGUUACCCUCCUCCCACCCUCGCUCACACUCCUAUGACACCAGACAUGUCAGGACCAAUGUCUCCACCACCAAUGUCGGCCAAGUCCUUUGGCACCUUUAUCGAUUCAGAGCCAUCGACCCCAGCCUAUUCACCGAGGAUCGGCACUGAAUGGAACAACUCUUCAGUGCUUCUCGUUCGGCCCACGUCUUCGUCUUCCGAGCCUGCCAGUCCUGGAGAGCCGGUAUGGCGCAUGCUAAAACCAUUGCCAGUCAAGGCACCACCCAAACCGAAGCACAAGCCCACAUCCGUUGUGUCUCAUUCAAAGGCACCAGCCGUCGACACCAAGGAGAUUUCCUCAAACACGCCCCCGUACUCACAUCCCACCAAAGAGGCGGGGCACAUCAGCCGGCCGACCGAGUUCAAAUUAGCAGAUCUAUCUCAGCAAAACUACCCUCCAAAGUGCGAAGACAUCGAACUAAGUGCAGACGAGAGGCCAGAUGAACAAAACGGCGGCACCCCCACCUCAGCGGCCUUUGGCAGGCUAGCUUCGAAGAUGAAGUUGAUGCUCCGACGAAAGAACACUGAUACGAAGAAGAAAGAGAAGAAGCAAAGGCACUACGAAGAGGUGGACCGCAUUGAAGAUAAGCACUGGACGGAGAUCACACUGCAAAAUGUCCAGACAAAUCGCCAGCAAAUACUACAUCCAUCCAACACCCUCCUGCAAUCACGUUUCCCCACAAAGACCGUCAUCGCUCUUGUUCUCGUCGGCGGCCUGGCAUACUACCUUGUCGACAUAGUUGAUCCCUCUUGGACAGAUGAUGUAUACGCGGCAUUUUCCUCGGGCGACGACUCGAGUUCACUGACAACACCGCUGCAUUUCUACCGCAACCGCACAGAGGUUCAACACACACUCGACUACCACAUCCCGGAUGCCAGCGCGCCGCUCAAAGACCCCACCGUAGCAAAGUUCCUGUCUGAUCAAUUUGAAAAACUAUGUUUCGGAUGGAUGAUGACCGAAGACGAUGCGCGCAAGGGCGUCGAAGGCAUGGAGGACAUCCAGAUGCCUAUCACGCACGGCUGCAGGUUCCGAAGCAACGAGCCGUGUGAGGAUUUCUUCGCGCUGGGAACGAGUCCUGGACCGGGAGAGAAGCCGUGGAAUUACUGGACUGUACUCGAUGGACACGCAGGACGCCACACAGCUUUCUAUCUACAGUGGUCUUUGAUCCCCAUGGUGUCGUCUGCCCUCUGUGCCCUGCCACGUACAGCAUCAAGCCCAGAAAUUGAAAACACAAUCAAAAACGCCUUUCUCUCUACUGACAGAACAAUCAUGGACCGCGCCAAAACAGCAGCAAACUGGUAUCCCGCCGCAAACGCAGCCGCCAUCGCCGCCCUCACCCCCGCCUUCUCAGGCUCCUGCGCUUUGCUAGCCGCCUUCGACGCAUCCACCUGCACCCUCCGCGUAGCCUGCACAGGCGACUCGCGCGCCGUCCUCGGCCGCUGGGACCCCUCCACCUCCUCGUAUACUGCCAUUCCCCUCUCCGUGGACCAAACCGGCUUCAACGCCGCAGAAGUAGAACGACUAACCCGCGAGCACCCGGACGAACCCUCCAUCAUCGACCCGAAAACCGGACGGCUCAUGGGCAUAGCAGUGACGCGUGCUUUCGGCGACCACCGCUGGAAAUGGGACAACGACCUCGUCAAAGCAUGCCAACACAAGUUCUGGGGCACGGCUCCGCGGCCUGGCUCGAAGACGCCACCAUAUAUGACUGCUGAACCGGAAAUUACCGAAACGCAAAUUGUACGAUGCGAGCCAGACGACUACAAAUAUCCUUCUACGGAUGCUACAAAGGGAAAAUCCGACUUCCUCAUCCUCGCCUCCGACGGCCUCUGGGACAGAAUCUCUUCGGACCACGCAGUCGAAUGCGUACAGCGCUACCUCGAGGCCCGCGCCCGCGGCAAAGGCUCAGUUCUCUCUGACCCGCACUUGAAAGUCAACCCGCCAAACUUCUCCUCUGUGUCUGCGCUCUCCGCUCAAAACCCUUUUUCGCCUUUCCUGCCUACCGGAGCAGCACAACAGUCCGGAGGCGGAACGCUAGAGCCUGGCGUGAUGUGCGACCCCGAGCAAGGACAGGAUGUAGAGUGGAAAGCUACGCCUGAGUAUUUUGCGAUUGAGGAUGAGAAUGCGGCGGUUUGUCUGGCGCGGAAUGCCAUGGGUGGGACGAGGCGAGCGUUGUUUCUGGGGAUACUGGCGGGGCCGGAGCCGUUGAGUCGGAAUGCGGUGGAUGAUACGACGAUCAUGGUUGUGUUUUUUGAUCGGUUGGGGGAGGGGGACAAGGGGGCUGCUGGGAAGGGUGCGGGUGAGGUGGGGGAGAAGAAGAAGAGGUGGUGGUGGCCUUUGUAA